AUAAUUAGUUUUUGUUAAAAAAGUAGACAUGGCAGAAUCUAAUAAUGAUGUAAUUGAUUCGUGUAAAAAUACUGCGGAAACUAAGUUGUUACUGGUUGAUAAUGGUUUUAAAACAAAGGCAAAUUUUGAAAAUGAUUCUGUUUCAGAUGAGUCUUGUGAGAAACCUGUUAAAGGAUUUAUUAAAGUCCCCAAGAUUCUUAAAAAAUGCUUACCGCCUCGUGGAAAGCCUGCAAAGUUUUUUACCAUAAUACUUUUAUGCUCAGCCAUUUGGGGUACAUUGUAUUCUAUGACAGGAAAAAGUGCUUUGCCUGGAGGAAAUAUAUUUGCUAUAUAUACUUUACUGAUUUGCACAUCAUCAGCUGGUUUUUUAUUGAAUCUGUUUUCAGUGCCUCCCAUUUUUGGGAUGUUGGUUGUUGGAUUUAUUUUAAGAAAUGUUCCUAACAUUGAUUUUGCUAAAGAUAUUAAUCCACAAUGGUCUUCAAAUUUACGAAGUGUUGCAUUGGCUGUCAUUUUAUUGCGUUCAGGAUUAGGCUUGGACAUUCAAGCUUUAAAAAAACUAAAGUAUACUGUUUCAAGACUGGCUUUUACUCCUUGUCUAACUGAAGCAGUCACAAUAGCUAUUUCUGCUUAUUUUAUAUUGGGCAUGCCAUGGUUAUGGGGUUUUCAGCUAGGUUUCAUCUUGAGUGCUGGUUCACCCGCUGUUGUUGUUCCGCAAGUAUUAGUUUUACAAGAAAAAGGCUAUGGCAUACAAAAAGGAGUGCCAACACUUGUGGUAGCUGCAACAUCAUGUGAUGAUGUACUUGCUAUUAGCUUGUUUGGCGUGUUUUAUGGUGUUGCAUUUUCAGAUGGUAAUUUACUAUUUAAUAUUUUUCGUGGCCCUUUGGAAACUGUGAUUGGAUUGUUAGGAGGGUUUGUUAUUGGGAUGUUGUUAUGGUACAUACCAUCAAUAAAAGGGAAAAAUGUUGUAGCUCUUCGCUCAGCUUUGCUACUUUUUUGCUGCUUAUUUUUUCUCUUUGGAUUUAUCUUAAUUAAACUAAAAGGUGCUGGUGCCCUAGGAGUGCUUUGUAUGGCAACAGUGGCUGGGUAUGGCUGGGGUGAGCAAGAUAAAGUGCAUGUAGAGAAAGUGUUUAGCAUGAUCUGGUACUACCUUGAACCUUUGUUAUUUGGUCUUAUCGGUGCAGAGGUUGUUAUAGACUAUCUGGUUGGAAGUCUCAUUGGAAAAGGUUUGGCGAUUCUUUUUAUUGGACUUGUAGUUCGCUCUUUCACUGUACUUUUGGUAGUAUCCGGAAACAAACUCUCUUUUAAAGAAAAAUUAUUUUGUGCAAUAACUUGGUUACCUAAAGCAACUGUUCAGGCUGCUAUAGGUUCUAUUCCAUAUUCAACAGCAAAAUCACUUGGUCUUUACAAAAAGUGGCAAGGACGUGUUGGAAUAGAAAUUUUAACUAUUGCUGUCCUUUCUAUUCUGGUGACGGCUCCUUUGGGAGCUCUAUUGAUUGCAUUUUCAGGUCCGAAGUGUUUAAGUAAGAAAACAGAUGAUAAAGAUUUAACAUCUGAUGUUCAAGAAUCAAAUGGCCUGUGAUACUUGAUAAAUGAUUCUUGAUAAAUGAUCUAUGAUCUUUAACAAUAGAACAUUAAAACAAUAAACUAUUAAAUGACUGGAACAGGAGAUUAUAUAAUAAUGGGUAAGGGAUGUGCUUACAUGUGGUAAUAAUAAAUAAAUAAAGAUAGAGUACUUAUUUAAAAGGUAAAAAUUAAAAAGAGCGUCUAAAAAAUUAUUAAAUUUUUAUGAACAAAAAACUAUUAAAAUUAUAAAAAUUCAGCAAAUCUCUACGCGUAUUAUUUGAAAUACGCGUAUUUACAAACAAUACGCG